AUGCCGGUCUCUCCUUCGCAGGAUAAUCACAAGCUGUACAAGCAGAAACUCGAGGAGCUGACCAAGCUCCAGGACGGGAUCUCCAGCUCCAUCGCACGGCAGAAGAAGCGGCUGAAGGAGCUGUCGUUGUCCCUCAAAAAAUGCAGAGCCCACGUGAGCCCCGACCAGGAGGAGUCCAUCCGAGAGACCCAGAGCCUCAUAAAAGAGAGGCAGAACGUUUUCUUUGAGAUGGAGGCCUAUCUGCCGAAGAAGAAUGGGUUGUAUCUGAGUCUGGUGCUCGGGAAUGUGAACGUCACGCUGCUCAGCAAGCAGGCCAAGUUCGCGUAUAAAGAUGAGUACGAGAAGUUCAAGCUCUACCUCACCAUCAUCUUACUGAUCGUGUCCUUCUCCUGUCGGUUCCUCCUCAACUCCAGGGUGACAGACGCUGUCUUCAACUUCCUUCUGGUGUGGUACUACUGCACCCUCACCAUCCGGGAGAGCAUCUUGAUCAACAACGGAUCCAAAAUCAAAGGCUGGUGGGUUUUCCAUCACUACGUCUCCACCUUCCUCUCGGGUGUCAUGCUGACGUGGUCCCCAUGCAAACCUGUGUUCUCUGCAGAGGGCUUCCAGUCCUGGAUGUGGAGAGGCCUCACGUUCCUGCUUCCCUUCCUCUUCUUUGGGCAGUUCUGGCAGCUCUACAACCUGCUGACUCGUGCCUCCGCGGCUCCGCAGGUCCUCAUGUGCGGCCUCCCCUUCUUCAUCCUCUUCCUGGGGAACUUCUUCACCACCCUCCGUGUCGUCCACCAGAAGUUUCAGAACAAGAACAAAGACACGAAGUGUAACUGA